CGGGAGGAGGCGAGUCUCGGGUGUUGUCCCUGCCGAGAGGCCGCGGCGGGGCCGUAGGAGGCCGCACAAGGCAGCGCGACGGGGGCCGCGGCUCGGCCCGAGCCCGGUUUGGUGUUCUGAGGUGUCUACAGGGCUUCAGAUAUUUACCAGAACAUCUACCGUUUGGAGAACUAAAUCUACUAGUCAGAGCUGAGUUGUCAACACACAGAGAAAAGCAUCAAGAUGCCCAUAGUGCAGGCCAGGGGUGGAUCAGUCCGUAAAGCAAAGAAAAUUACUGUAAAAACAUCUUUAAAUAACCCAUAUAUCAUCAAGUGGCAUACCCUAGAAAGAGAUGAUAUGCACUUUAUACUCCAGACCUUGGAAGAAAGGAUUAAACACAUUGGACUUAAAAAGAUUGAGACUCGAAGGAGGAAAAAGCAUUCUGUUGCAAAAAGGCAAAUUAAAGAAAAAUGUGAUGCUAGUGAUUGUAGUGUACUUCCAAAGGAGAAGGAAAUAGACCAUAUUCAACAAGAACAAGGAUGGACUGACUUAAAUGUCAGGAAACAGCUUGCUAUUGGAAUUAAUGAGGUUACUAGAUCUUUGGAAAAAAAUGAACUACUUCUAGUGCUGGUGUGUAAAUCUGCAAAACCUACUAUGAUCACCAUGCACCUUAUUCAACUCAGUGCAAGUCGAGCAGUCCCUGCUGGGCAGGUUCCACGUCUUAGUGAAAGCAUAGCACCUAUGCUUGGCUUAACAUCUGUUCUAGCACUGGGUUUUAAAAAGAAUUCUGAUACUUUUACUGAAGUAGUCAAAGCUAUAAUACCACGGAUACCUAGCUUGGAUGUGCCCUGGAUUCAUCACAGAAGUGAGCAACAUAUGGCAGAGGCAUAUACUGAUCCUUUGGAAAUUCAAGAUACCGAGCUUAUGGAGACCUCAGCGGAGGAGUUCCCUCAAAGCCAUAAGUGGAAAUGUACUGAAAGCAGUAAGUCAGAUUCUUCAAAUGUAACUUUACAAGCUCUCAGAAUUAAAAAGCUUGUUCCAAAUCCAAAUAAGAUACGAAAACCUCCCAAAAAUAAAAAAGCUGCUUCAAAAUAACUUAGUUUAGUACAAGUCUUUACAGUGGGAGUAAAAUGAUUUUUAUGUAGUAUUGGAAACUGCCCCAUGUAACUAAGUUAGCUGCUUUUAAAUGUCAUAGCUUCAGAUGUAAAGUCAUUUGACCAAUAGAAGAUGAACUCAGACUUGUUUUGUUCUGACAUUAAAGCAUGCAAUCUAUAAAUUGUGCAUAAGUGUUAACCGCUUUCCUGCUUAAUUAUUGUUUAGAGAGCCUAGGCUUACUGGUGUGUGGUAUAGUUCUAGAAUGUGCAUUUGUUAUUAAUGAAAAGCAUCAAGCAGAUUCUUUCGGUUUUAGGGAAUGAAUAUACUUAGAACAAAACUCUAAAAUUAAAUGUAACUAUUCAAACAAAUGAAUAUCAAAAUUGAAAGUUUAUUCAAACAAGUGUCCAUGCUGGUAUAAACUUUGUUUUUUAAAAGCUGGUCAUUUAUAAGAUGUUUCAAGCAAACGUCUGUAACUGGUAGGCACCUACACAGGCUCUGGUUUUGAAUGUUAAUACUCUGCUCUACGAGGUUGGUUUUGGUCAAGAGAUGCAUGCUAAACUGGUUUCCAGAUAUAUUUGGUCUCUGAUACGCUAAAGGAAAACAUUAGUCUUGAUCAACAUAUGAAUAAUUAAAUACUUCUGUUGCAGGAAAAAUGCAUUUUAAGACUGUUGUAUGCAAACCGAGACAUUCUCUCACAGGAUCCACAUAAUACAAAUAUGAAGUUAACUGUCAACAUUAUUUCACAAAGGGAGUUUAGAAACUAUUUCAUGUAAAAUGGCAGGUAAGAAUUGUAAUAAUUCCAAAUAGCUGAAAAUGAUAUGCUACUUGUCUCUUGAAGAGAAAUGCAUUUUAAGAAACUGCCGUAGUAAGCAGUAGAAUAUAAUGAGAGCACACACCAGACAUUUUGCAGGAAAUUGUGUAAGGAUGUUUAGAAGGUAAGGAACAGUGAAGCACCUCACACUGCAAUAAAAAAAGGUAUAUAAUCUCAGCAAAAUAGAAGUAAUUUACUUAGAGCUAACAUUUUACUCAAAAGCUACUACUGUCCUUCAGGAAGAAAGCUAGCAAAAAUCUCUUUCUUUAAGUGAGCCUGUGUUUGUUUUUUAAAUAGGGAAGAAACUUCUGUGUUUCUUCUAGGCUGUGAUUAUCUAGGCUGCCUGUAUUCUAGAUUCCCCUUCUCUCUGCACUCAUGUACAAGUUAAGGGGACAAAUUAAAAAGGGUCACAAGCAGUGAUUCCAUAGUAAUGAGGCUAACUGAAGGUUAAACUGCAGCAGAGACUUCUAAUAGCAAAAUGCCUGGAAAAAAAAAAGGGCAGAUACUAAUUUUUAGCCAUUCUGUGUGUGUUCUUUGGGCUUGUCACUCAAGAAAGUUAAAGUGAAUCAACUAAAAGGGUAAAUUAAAGCACAUUACAACCCCUAUAGUUGUUCUAAUUCAGGAAUAAAGUGGGCUUAGUGUUUCCCAAGCAGUGGGUUUUGGGAAGGUUCUAGAUGGAUUGCCAUGUCCAGGGUCAGAAUAACCCAUUGCUGAGCCCAGACUUAGGCUAACAUAUACUUUUCCCAGCUUGAUGCGGAUGGGAGGCCCCAAUGCAGUAGGGGUGUUGGAGAGAAAACCUGCCCAGCUCUCACCCGCAGCAGCUCUUGUCCUGUGGGACUCGGUCCAGUUCCCCAUGCUGGGUGUUGCAACUUGAUGUUUGUGGUCACAGUGCCACUCAAGUGUGGUGCAGCUACUCUAUCGUGACAGAGGAGUAGAAGGGCCAAACAGGAGUGGCACUGUAAGUGCCAAUCAAAUUUGGCCUGGCCACCCCUCUGUCAAACUUGGGUGUGUAUGUGCAAAAAUGAGUGGUGCUGCAACCCCAUGCACCUAAUUGCAAUGUCCAGAGCUGGGGCCAACCCUCCUGCUCCCCAGCCUUGACAGGAGCUGCUACUGGGAUGAGUCCAGGGUGAACUCCAAACCCUCCCCCCACCUCCUCUGAACCUAGAUGGGAUUUAGGGUUGCAGUGCUGGGGCUGAGGGUUCAUAUAUGUAAUGGGAGGUGCAAAAAAAGACAAAAUGCAGUUUGUAGCUCACAUUAAUAAAUUCAGGAAUCACUGGUUUAAUCCUCAGAUUUUGGCAGAGAAUUAAACUAUAGCAGAUUAAGGCUGCUUUAUUCUUGCAUGAGAGAAUCCAUGAGAGUGAUUAAUAGGCUUUAAUUUAUGCACAUCGCUGUAAGGUUAAGUUGAUUUGUCAUAUCUGUCCUGGAUGGGCCUGUGUAGAUACAGCUUGUGUUCUUCAGGCCAGCAAUAGGCCCUCCUUGACUUUAAGGUACAAACCAUUUUAGCUUUAAUGACAUAAGUGGCUAAUUAAAUCCUACUAUGGAUAAUUGGAAGCUAACCCUGGGGUGUUGGAAUGUACUACCUUUCAAAGUCUAAUGUAGACAGGGGCAGUGUGCUUUAACUUGAGCACAUAUUGAAGCAGGCUGCACUGUUCACAUUGGAGUAACUGUGUAUUAGUAUGAGUUAGAACACAUUUACCUAGCAAUAUGCCUUUAAAUCAUAGUUUAGACAAAGCUUGAGAGCCUGUUACCCCUGUACAUAUGGGGUAGAGUCCCCUUCCAUUAUAAAAGAAUGACUUUUAUGAGAUAACAUCAUGUGUGGCAGCUUACGUUCAGUGGUAGAGGCAGAACUAAAUACCUCUACGUGGCUAAUUUCAGACAGCUCCUAAAGUUGAGCAAAAUUUGCUCUCACAUUUAGAAUUAUGGAGGUGUUAAAGCCAGGUUUAUCCAUAAAUACUUCACCAAAUAUUCAAGUAAUGUCCAAAAUACCUGCACUUUCAGCUAGAACUGUAGAUUGUGCUGCUCAUGUGACUAUAGCAUACCUAAACUCUAAGAAUUGCCAUCACAAUUUAAGCUAUGAGUGUGACAUUAUGGAACGUAUACCAAAUGCUUCUAGUUGCAGAGCAUUCAUGAAGAAAUAAAAAUCAGGUUGUUGCAUUUAAGUUGAGGCCAGUACAUAGUCUUUCCAGGGGAUAGGGAGAAACAUGUAUCUCUCUCGAUUACUGAUACUAUAUACAGUGAAACCUUUUGUUCAAAAUUCAGGAUAAAAACACUACCAGUAACAAUUUAUGAAUACUUAUUUACACAAGAUACUUUUUGUUAGAAUUACAGACAUCAAAGUAGACAAAGGAAUAUGUGCAAUUUUGCAGAAGCAUUGAAAACAUUCAAAACUAUAAAUAGUUUGAUAGCAUUACCAAAAUUCUUAGUUUUACACACAGGCUGAUGUUGAUUUACUGAGGAAAAACUAAGGUUUUGUGCCACAACUAUAAAUUAAGUACAGUAAUUUAUAAUCAUUCUGGCAACACAUCUGCACUGAACUGUGCAAUACUACUGAAUCAGUCCACUGAUCUAAUGAAGAUCAAAGUACAAAUCUGUAUUUUUAUUGAUUUGGCAGCGUUGCUUAUAGAGAAACAAAUGCACUAGUCAAACCAGCACAUUUUCAUACUGCUCCAGUUACAAAAAACAUCCAAGACUUUCAUAUUAGCUACAAAUAUUUCAUAAAUCCAUUAUUUUACCCCAAAUGAUGACAUCCAUGUGAAUUUUAUAAGCAAAGAUACUCAGUAUGGAUCCUUCAUUCUGCUACACUAACAAACAUACACCACCACUUAAUAAAUAGAAAUGCAGCAGUUCAUUCACAUAAUAGCAAAGAUUUUUGUACCCUAAUCCACCACUGCAGUUCAGUUUGUACAAAACAGUCUUUUCUACAGAGUGGAAAAAAAUACCUUCUUUUUAUCAAGGUGCGAGCUAAGCUUUGAUAAUUAAAUGAAUGUGCUUUUAUUCUUUUUUAUGGACAAAAGUUUCAUGAACUUUCCAUUCUAUCUGAAAAUGUGUAAAAUCGGUCAGAUAUGGAUUUCUUCAUUAUUUUGAUGGAUUAUUUCAAUUUCACUGAUGUUGUGCUUUUAUUCCUCUUGAACAAUACUGUUCCAAGAACUGUUAUGUAGAUUAAAUCAAUCCAAAUGACAACUUCAGAGUUCUAGAAACACAAGGGUCCUCCUUAUUGUAAUACAAGGCCCACCUAAAGUAAGGAGCAAAAUGCAGUAGUUAAUGCAAGUAUAGCAACAAAUAUUGGCUUUUUUAACUUAAUUAUGAAUCUUAGAUGUUCAAUUUAAAAACAAAUUAAAAGUUUUGUCUGUUUUGA